AUGACAUUACUAACCAAAGUUCUCCAUUUGCCCGUGCAGUACCCUCUAAUCCGGGGCAUGGUGUCCUACGCUGUGAUAUGGCCGACGUGCAGCAUUGUCCAAGAGUACAUAGCAAAUGGAACUACUAUAGAAAACGCUGACUGGGCCCGCGCUGCUCGCUUCGGUUUCUUCGGGACAUUCUUCAUGGCUCCUGUCUUCUACGGCUGGAUGAAAUACACAAGUCGCUUCUUCAAGAACAAAACCUUAGCCACAGCGAUCACCAGAGCGGCGAUAGAACAGGUGUCUUAUUCCCCUUUAGCUAUGGCAUAUUUCUUCUUCGGCAUGAGCGCUUUAGAGCUAAAACCUUUUUCAACAUGCGUGAACGAAGUUAAGGAGAAAUUCUGGCCGACUUACAAAAUAGGCGUAGUAUUCUGGCCGACGGCACAGACUAUAAACUUUUACUUCGUUUCUGAGAAGAAUAGAAUAGUCUUUGUGAGUGCUGCGAGCUUUAUAUGGACCGUGUAUCUUGCACACAUGAAAGCCAAAGAACAGCAGCUAGAGACAAUCCCUAAAUUAUUGGAGAAUAUAUCGGAUGAGGAGAUGUAUGACUAUACAAAAAAUAAUAAGGACACAUGA